ACCAUCAGCGCCAUGAUCGCCGCCUACCCGCAGGACACCCUCGUGGCCGCCGUGGCCGGCACCGCCAUGUUCGGGGUCGCGGCUGAGCUGGCCGCGGGCAGGGCCGAGGUGCGAGGUCCGGGGACCUUUGUCCCGGCUUUCAUUGAUGAGCUGUACGGUGUUAGGAAGUCGACGGCAGAGAACGACUCUCGUUGGUUGUCGCUCAUCAAGAUUUCUUGUAUCUGA